UGGGCGCCGACGCAUUCAACUGACACUUGGCCGCCGUUCGCCGAAGAAGACGACGACCGACGAUUUGUUUUGCCCAUUUUGCCUCGGACAAGUUGUUGCUGAUUUAGCAGCCGUUCAAAAUGAACGCACCACCGACAUUCGAGUCGUUUCUCUUGUUCGAGGGUGAAAAGAAGAUCAUCAAAGAACUAGACCAGAAAGUUCCGAACGCCGCUAUUUUUACAGUAAACAAAGAGGAUCAUACUCUGGGUAACAUGAUCAGGCAUCAGCUGCUGAAGGAUCCGAAUGUCCUUUUCGCUGGAUACAAACAGCCUCACCCUUUAGAACAUAAAUUUGUUCUACGCAUUCAAACGACUCCUGACUACACCCCUCAGGACGCCCUGACCCAUGCCAUUACCGAUUUGUUAGCUGAGCUUUCCCUGUUUGAAGAAAGAUUUAAGGAUGCCAUCAAGGAGAAGAAGGAGGGUUUAGAUUGAAUUAAUUUAUAUACUUGAUAACUUUGUUAAGGUUGAUUAUGAUAACUUCUACACCAUUAAUUAUUGCUGGUUUGUGAUCUCUUGUCUUAUCCGUUGUCUCUAUUUAAAGAUUCAAUAGACUGGUUAAAUCUCAUUUUAAAUUCGUUCAGGAAAUAAAAUCUGUCCCUGCUCUUGUUAACCACUACUUGUAUUUCAAAAGUAAAAUUUUACAAGAUUUAAUGGAA